AUGCGAUCAGACUCGGACAUCAAGAAGAAUGAAGCAAACGAAAGAGAUGGACAGCAACGGCCUUCCACAACGAUAGAUUCGACAAACCGACCGAGCAACCGAUACCUCGCCAAACUAGGCGCUGUCGCUCUCAUCGUCACAGCCACACUCCCGUUCAUACGACAACCAACUCCAACAGGAAGCAAUGCUGCACCUAGUAUCGGCGUUGACAGUCGAGCUGUGCCGCGCGAGAGAAAGAUGGUCCUAGAAACUCGAGCAGAUAGCCCCACUGACGUCUGUACACGAUGGUCGCACCAAUCUGCCGUGAUCAAUGGCACGCUCUACGUCUAUGGUGGACAAGCUACCACUGAACCCGGACAGACCGAGAACAAGUGGAACAACGACUUCCUGUCCAUGGAUCUGACCAAGAGCUGGCAGAUUUCUACCCCUUUACUGACUGGCCUGCCUCAACCGUCUGGUCCGCCUAAUGUUUCCAACGGCUUUCUCUGGAACGAUCACGAGUCUUUGUAUCUCUACGGUGGCGAGUUCUCGGAUAGCCCCAUCAGUCCACCCUCGGCCUUUUCUUUGUGGGAGUACAACGCAGUGAACUCUCAGUGGUACGAACAUAGCGACCCGACAACUUCGUCUGGUGAGAAUGCCCAAUCUGGAGACCAAUCAGUACAACGUGCUGCCGAGGGCGCUGGCGCCUCAGUACCAGGACUGGGUCGCGGUUUCUACUUUGGUGGCCAUGAAGAUACACACACGACUCAAGGAUGGUCAAACCAGGUGGCGCGCAUUUACAUCAAGUCGUUGAUCGAGUUCACUUUCCCUGGAUACCAGAACAGUCAAGUCGCUUCGCUUUCGGACAACAAAGCUGCAGGCAAUGAUGGCGCAUGGCGGAAUGUCACGGAUGGAGGUGCUCAAGAUAGCGCUGGUUUCCCUGAACGUGCAGAUGGGCUGCUUGUAUACAUUCCUGGAUUCGGCGCAGAGGGCAUCCUCCUCGGUUUGGCUGGAGGAACUGAAGACACAUUCACACAAAUGAACGUUAUAGAUGUUUACGACAUCGCCACGUCCAACUGGUAUAAACAAGCGACAAGCGGACCAACGCCAAAGAUUCGUGUAAACCCAUGCGCUGCAGUCGCAGCUGCCUCUGAUGGCAGCUCAUAUCAAGUCCACAUGUUCGGCGGUCAGAACCUCAUUCCCGCUGGAAACCAAACUCAGUAUGAUGACCUUUGGAUUCUCACUGUUCCAUCAUUCACCUGGAUUCAAGUUGAUCAAAAGUCGCAAUCAGUACCGCCUGGUAGAGCCGGCCAUUCGUGCCACAUGUGGGACGGGCAGAUGGUUCUGGUCGGUGGAUAUGUUGGCGAUCAACUCAGCUGCGAUAGUCCUGGUAUCUAUGUGCUGAACGCGAGCAGCUUGGAAUGGGGAACUGGAUUUACCGCACUUAGUGGUGGCUCUGGUUCUGGUUCUGCUGGAUCCUCUGAUGCUUCUGGCGGCUCGUCUGGCACGGUCGCAGCCUCGGGAUCUGGCGCAUUAGCAACAGCAGACGCAGCAUCCCCCACAGGAUCCAAUGCCGCAGAUUGGGUCUCAAAUGCUCGUACCAAUCCUUUCAACCAACAGCCAGCUCAGUUGGCCAACGGUAGCAGUUCAGGCGGUCUCGAGGGCUCCUACGGCUACCAGGUUCCUGACGUAGUCAUCUCUGUCAUUGGUGGUAAUGCUCAAGGCGGAGCUACUGUCACAGCACCUGCUCAAAUACCACAAGAAGGUCCCUUAAAGACGGGCAGCCCAAUCAUCUACAGCACCAUAACUUCCAGCUCAACAGCAACAUCAACAGGUAGCCCUGGUGGCAACAACAACUCGGGUUCAGGAAGUGGUAGCGGUGGGCCCAACAUCGCAGCCAUCGUCGCCGGUGUGAUCGCCGGCGUCCUCUUCAUAAUCGUCUGCUACCUCGCCUUCUGCGCCUGGCUCUACCGCAAACGCCUUCAACUCUACAAACGCCACGUCGAAAUGUCCCAACAAGCCGUCCUGAACGAAAAGAACCACCCCACCAUCCCCGGCCUACUUCCCACCGGCGCAGGAUCCUCCAGUGGAGGCUCCAACGACCGUCGUCCCUUUGCUGCUUUCAGCGAAGAUGCAAGUGGUAGAGAAAGUUCGAAGCGAAAUGAUAAUAAUGAUUGGGGGUAUAAUGAAGCUUAUAGGACUGAUACUGUGGGCCAGGGGAGUGUGGAUGGGUUCUUGCUGGGGAGGAGGAGUGAUGAUAGUGGUGCGCCUGAGGAUCUUUUGGCGGGAAAUACGCCGUCGUUUUGGGGGACCGUGUUGGCUCCUCGACGCAGUUUGCGUGUUGUCAAUAGGGACUAG